AUGCCACCGAAGAGAGCAACAAGCAAAGUAGAGAUGGAGAAUGAGAUGGAGGACAUUCGAAAGUCGCUUAACCAUAUGUCUGAGGAGCUGCCCAAAGUGACUCAACAGCUGGCAAAGCUAAUGGGACUUUUUGAAGAAGUCAGACAACUGAAGGAGCUGAUUAAAGAAAAAGACAAAACUAUCAAUGAGCUUGAAAAGAGGAUUGAUCAGUUGGAACAGUACACGAGGAUGGACGACGUGAUUAUCACCGGACUGAGAGUUAAACCCCGCUCCUAUGCCAAGGCGGCAGCCGGGGGGAGAAACAUCAGUGAAGAUGCUGACACAGAGGACCAACUAUCACUGGAGACACAGAAGGGACAAACGUAUGGACCUUACUGUCUCUCACUGGAGUGGUGA